GCGGGUCAGAGAGAGCGGAGCGCACUCGGGAGAAGUUCUCUGCGGAGAUUCACACCAUGCAGUGUUCCAUCGCAUCGAGGCUGCACACGCCAGACAGUCGGCGCUACAAGACUUUCAUGAUCGAUGAGAUCCUGUCCAGGGAGAGCCGCGGGUUCCCGGACCUGUCCCCGGGCUCCCGAGUCGGCUUCAUCGCCCGCCCGCAGGCUCUGCACUCUUGUGCCGGGUCAUCAUUGAUUUCCUGCCCAUCACUCUCAGUGCCACACCUGUCCCCAGUUCUCACUGCAAGGAUCCCGCAGUUCCUGCCUCCAGUGGCAUCCUCCAGUUCAGCAGCUCCCGAGGGCAUCACCGGCUCUGGCAGCGAGUGUGACGGUGAUCAGGCUGCUCCUCGGUAUAAGAAGCCACGGAGAUGUCGCACCAUUUUCACCGAACUCCAGCUGAUGGGUCUGGAGAAGAAAUUCCAAAAGCAGAAAUAUCUCUCUACUCCAGACAGGUUGGAUUUGGCACAAUCACUGGGAUUAACUCAGCUUCAAGUGAAAACCUGGUACCAAAACCGAAGGAUGAAGUGGAAGAAGAUGGUACUGAAAGGAGGCCAAGAGGCUCCAACCAAGCCCAAGGGGAGGCCAAAGAAAAACUCCAUCCCUACAACGGAGGAAAUCGAGGCUGAGGAGAAGGAGGCCAGAUCAGCACAAGAACUGGAGCCAUGCCUUUCCUGAGAAAAAUGAGUAACACAAAAAGCCGUUUUAUUCUUCACUCUGUCCUGAUGCUGCGGGACUUUGCCUUUGGUUCCAGUGGAGGCCAGAGAGUGCAGUAGGGUCAUCCCGGCAUCUGCACACGACAGCAGCUGCAUGUAAAUAAUGACAUUAAUUUAAUGGGAGCUGGGAGCCAAUUCUCUGUGUAUAAGGGAAAUUUAAAUAAAGUAUUGUGUG